AUAUGUCUAUAUCUACUUACUUAUGUAGCAUUGCAUCACAUAAACCGGCUCUCCGUUCUGUGACGACCUGAGUCAAUAUUCGUCAACGCAACGUCGUUGCCGACAUCACGAACUCGUAUCAAUGUUGGUUGAGCGGUACUCAAGAUUCAUGCAAGGUACGAUGCAUAGGUAUGUAUGUAUUCGUCGAUCCGGAUGCGAGUCAAAUCGACCAAGCUUCAGUAUUGUCAAAUCACAAGGAGUUUUACGAGCCUCACGAGCCCCAGAACGUCGCAAUCAAAGAAUUAGAUGCAGUUGAAUACCGGGCGUCUCGGCUGGUAAACAUGUUGCAAUGUCUUUCCAAGGCUAUUAUACUUAAUAGCCAUGGUAUAUAUCUGGUAUAUAUCUGGUAUAUAUCUGGUAUAUAUCUGGUAUAUAUCUGGUAUAUAUCUGGUAUAUAUCUGGUAUAUAUCUGGUAUAGACCAGGUAUAGACCAGGUAUACAUCAUUGUCAGAUGCUCAUCAACCAUACCUGAAAUGGGUGUCCUGGAUGUCUUAGAAAGCCGGCUUAUGCUCUAUCAUGUUGGAGAGACCCCCACCCACCAAUCCAAGCUCCAAAUCAAUUCGCACACCAUCUUAGACGCGUGAUGCUCUUUGCGGAAAUCAGCUUGGUGAUUAUCCUCGUCUGAGCCUCCCACGCCUUAGCGUUUAGCUGGUUCCCUUACCAGAUAGCACCUUUGCUCACGAGUUCAGUGUCAAAAAGUUCCAGAAACACCUUCUGCUUACAGAGCCUAGUGUCAGUAUAUAUUCUGUGACUUUACCUCUCACUCUGGUUUUGAUUUAUUUGUUUUUCUUUCGCCCCACCUCAUCCUUCAAGAGCUUGUUACUU